AGUCUGGCCCCCGUUGAUCAUCAGCGCUCCUCGUAAAGGACCGAUCGCCAGCAAACAACAGCGAGUUCAUGGCGCUCUCGGGCUGCAGGACGUGUGCGGUGCUGCGCUAUGCCCGUCAAAUCGUGGGAUGGAAAAUGGACGGAUCGUCAUCCACCUUCUCGUCUGUCGUUCCUGAUCCCGCUGCUCGCAGUGAUGCUCCUCCCAUCUCCACCCCAUCUUCAUCCCAUCUUCAUUGUCGAGAUCCUGCACCGCCUCUCGAGCCAUUCGUCUGAUCCCCCAGCCCGUAGCCUUGUUCAUCUCUGGCUGCCUCCUUUCGGCAAGUCCUUGCAUUCCUGCAUCGACUAAUGAGCGUCUGCCGCGGAGCACAGCCCAAUGCUUAUCCGCUGUCUCAUCAGACCUGACCUGUGGCUGCUCGUAUUCUUUCCACCUUCCAGCGACGACUCCUCGAUUGCGAUCUCUAUUUGAACAGCGCCGUUCCUGUCCUGCUUUCUAGUGCCCAGUGUCCGGCGGCUGGAGACGCUUCAAUCCCCUCACAAACACUUCCUCGCUCCCUCUUCCCUUCACCAGCGGCGCAUCUAGGGGGCCAGCCAGACCUUGCGCAGACUCCGCCAAUGGCGCCUCUUACCUCAUGGAACCUGCUUGCCUUUGCAGCAAUUUCUGUCACCCGCAUUCACGCUGCUCCGGCUCCCGAGCCAAAAGUCGUGGCAUUCCCUCUGGAGAGGAAGUCUGUGCCACUUUCGGACGUGCUGUACACCCGGCGUCUGAACAAGCGAGCAGCCCAGGCGUAUACAGCAACGCUGUACAAUGCCCAAGACCACUCGCUGUACCUGAUCAAUGCUACCAUUGGCACGCCUGGACAGCCUUUCCAACUCCAACUGGACACCGGAAGCAGCGACAUCUGGGCGCCCUGGGUCGACUCGAAUAUCUGCAAGGAUACGCCGUCCCGCUGCUCAACGGGCUCGUUCAACGAUGUUGAUUCAAGCUCCUUUACCGAAGUUGCCCCGGACAAGUUCUACAUCAGCUAUGUUGAUGGAACUCAGAUCACCGGCGACUACGUCAACGAGACGUUCAGCGUUGCCGGCGUCACCAUCACCGACAUGACCAUGGGCAUCGCGAAGGACAUGACCGGUGCCCCAGGCGGAGACGACGCGCCCUUUACCGGUCUGGUAGGAGUUGGCUUCGACACCAACGAGGCUAUCUUUAGCCAGAGUAAUGGCCAGAUCAUGUACCCCACCAUCAUGUCUCAGCUCGUGAACGAAGGCAAGAUCGCCACGCGUGCCUUCAGCUUGUGGCUCAACGACAUCACUGCCUCUUCUGGAAGUAUCCUCUUUGGUGGUGUCGACAGCGCAAAAUACUCCGGCGAUCUUGUCAUGCUUCCCAUCCAGACCGACCCUGUUUCUGGCAUCAAGAGCAGUUACACCGUCACCUUGGCCGGUGUCACGGUCACCGGGGCCGGAGGCAAGACGGUCUAUUCCGGUAAAAGCAGUGCGCCCUGCCUUCUGGACAGCGGAAACUCACGCGCCUUUGUCCCCGCGGACAUCGGCUGGGACAUCUUGGCCGGCGUCGGCGCUGUCAACGACACGGACAUAGGCACUUUCAUCGUGCCCUGCGACGUUGGCUCAACGCAAGGCUCCUUUACUUUCCAGUUCGGCAACUCAAACGGCCCAACGGUAAGCGUGCCCAUCUCCGAAUUCGUGCUUCCCCUCGAAGGCGUGACCUUCAAGAAUGGCCAAAGCGCUUGCCAGUGGGCGCUGCUUCCGGACGAUGGUAACGGCGCCACACUCGGAGACACCUUCCUGCGCUCCGCGUACGUCGUGUACGAUCUCGACGGCAUGGAGAUUGGCAUGGCUCAGACCAAGUUCAACGUUACGGACAGCAGCGUCAAGGAGAUCACAGCAGCUGGCAGCAUACCCGGGGCUUCUUCGACCGCCUCAGGAGAUGCUACCGUGCCUACAAACACGCCCACGGCCACCGUCCCCAUUGUAACUGGAACCACCGAUAUCGCGCUCAACAGCAACACCAACACGUUCGCUCUUGGUUCACCCACUGCGUCCGCCAGUUCCUCUUCCGGCUCCGCAUCGGCUUCUAAGGGUGCGGCGCCAGGUUUAAGCCCUCCGUCAACUCCUUUCGUCGGCACCGUUGUGGCGGGAAUUGCCGUGCUCUUUGCCAUGCUCGGUGGCUCCAUGUUCAUUCUUGUUUGAGCAGAUGCAUGUAUCAUCUAUUCUUAUCGAUGUCAUCACGACUUUCUACACAUCUUCCGAGCGGAGAAAUUCUUGUCUUCAUGUAAUUAUCUAGCAGGCAUAUGUCGUUUUAGACUGCAGGUGCAUCGUUCUGGUCUAGACACUUGAUCCCGUUGCCUUUACUCAGGCAUGGAUUGCUCACUUAGACAUGAACUCAAUACCAAAGUCAAAAGCAAUUAUUGACGACGUUUCAAACCAAGAAA